AUGACCGCUUCCAACUCAAAACAAGCCAACGGCACCCACGACCACCACGAGGAUGACGACGACUCCCACGACGAGGAACUCCUCCGCGCUGCUGCACAGGCCGACAAUCAAGAUCACCACUCUGCACCAUCCACCUGGGCCAACUCGCCCGCUCCCAUGGCUCGCUCCGCCUCCUCCCAGCAGCGUGGCCGCAAGCCCGCAGAGCCAGAG